AUGGACAAGACCAUUGCGUCCCUGAAGCUGGCGCGGGUGCUGGAGAUCGACGACGACGGGGUGCCGCGCUGGGUGGGGGGCGACACGGUCAUUGUGCAGCUGGGGGACGUGCUCGACAGGGGCAACACGGAGAUAGGUAUCAUCAAGCUUUUCCUGGAGCUCGACAACCAGGCUCAGAAGGAGGGCGGCGGCGUGUACAUGCUCAAUGGGAACCACGAGAGCUUGAAUGUGUGCGGGGACUUCAGGUACGUCACGCCUGGAGCGUUCAUAGAGUCCGCCAUCGAAUUCGGGAUCCCGCGGGACGUGGCGCUGCGCAGCUGGGACGGGUGCAUCCAGGCGCGCGCCGCGCUGUACCUCCCCGGCGGCAAGGUGGCACGCAUGCUGUCCCGCAACCCCACCGUCCUCAUCGUCAACGACACAGCGUUCGCGCACGGCGGCCUGCUGCCCACACAUGUCGCCUACGGCAUCGAGAAGAUGAACAGCGAGGUGGCGGCCUGGAUGCGGCGCGACAAGGUGGAGGACGGCUACGCCAGCCCGCCGUUCCUGGCCAUGGGGGACGGCAAGUCUGUGAUGUGGAACCGCUCGCUGUCUCAGGAGAAGUGGAGCAACCCGGCUGACCGCUACCAUGCGAAGAACCAGGUGCAGCAGGCGCUCAUGAGGGUCGGCGCGAAGCGGCUCGUCGUCGGCCACACGCCGCAGAUGCGGGGCGCCAACGUGGAUUGCGACGGCCUGGUGUGGCGCAUCGACGUGGGCAUGAGCAGCGGCGUGCUCGACGCGCCCGUGUCUGUGCUGGAGAUCACUAAGGAGGAGGACGGCAUGGUGGACUGCAGGGUGCUCACAGAGGGGGAGGCCCUCGGCUCGUUCGAUGAGAUCGAGGCGCUGGUCGACUUCUGA